GUAGAGACAGGUGAGGAGGGCCCAGCUGUGUUUACACUAGUGUUGUCAUCAGUCGGGCAGGUUACUUCCCUCACCUUCCGUGUCACCUGGUCGUGUCACCUGUGACCUGAUCUACACUGGAGCAACAACGAUGGAGACCCUUAGCAUCGCAUGCAUAUCCUGGAAUGUGGAGACUACUUGGCCUGAAGAAGACCUGCAUGAAUUAAUGGGAAUUCGCAAAGAUCCCAUUAUUAAACGAGGCUUGGAUAGUUGUCUCCCAGAUUUGUACAUUGUGUGCUUUCAGGAAGUUAAAUCACAACCUCAAAAUGUUGUGAUGGACACUCUGUUUGAGGAGCCUUGGACAAAUGCGCUAAGGGAAGUUGUUGGCCCACACAACUAUGUGAGAGUUACUGGCGAGCGUCUGCAAGGGCUAGUCACAAAUAUAUUUGUCAAGCGGCAUCAUCUCCACAACAUAAGAGACAUUCAUACUUCUGUCGUUCGGACUGGCUUUGGAGGGUUUUGGGGUAACAAAGGAGCAACGAGCAUCAGAUUCUCACUUUAUGGAUGUUCCGUUUGCAUCGUCAACUGUCAUCUGGCUGCCCACGACUCUGGCUAUAAAGAACGUGUGGAAAACUUCAACACCAUUGUUGAUUCUACUGAAUUCCCAAUCAAAGAGACUAGCAAUAUUCUCUAUCAUGAUUAUGUGUUCUGGUUAGGAGACAUGAACUUCCGGUUUGAAUCCCAUAUGACAUCAGAGGCUAUUGCCAAGCACAUAUCUGAAGCUAACUGGUCUGCCUUAGAAGACGUAGAUGAAAUGCGGAAAGCGCAGAAAAGUGGAGAUGCCUUUUCUAUGUUGAAGGAAGGGGCCCUUUCCUUCCCUCCAACCUACAAGUAUAUAGAAGGAACUGACAAAUAUGAUUUUUCACGAAGACCGGCUUGGACUGAUCGAAUUCUGCAUCAGGUUCAUGUAGAUGCCUAUGAAAAUGUCAAGUUGGGAGUUGAGCAAACAUCGUAUAGUCCAAUCGAGUCUUAUACCCAAUCUGACCACAAGCCUGUCAUGACUACUUACAAGAUAAAGGUGUUCGCUAACCAUGAGGAGCGGUGCGUACACUUUGAGGCUCUGGGAACCUGGGUGGUGGGUGAGGGAGGCCCAGUCAAGUUUACACUAGACUCUGACGUUGUCACGUCGCCGUGGGAUUACAUUGCUCUUUAUAAGGUGGACUUCACAUCGAUGCACCAGUACAUCACGUACACUUAUAUACCCCAACCCACACUUGGGGACACCUCACAACGCACCUUCCAGCUGCUGUUCAAUGAUGAACUGCUGCAGCAUCCAGGUAUGUAUCGCCUUGUGUACUACUCCGGCAAGUACUCCUGUUAUCUGGGAAUGAGUGAACCUUUUCCAGUUAUUGCCUCCCAAUCCUAGUGACUGUGUGUACUUCUAGGCUAUUUUCAAUUGUGACGAUUAUGACAGAGUCAUGCUACAGGUUUCUAUUACUUGUUUGUGAUGAAUACCUGUUUAAUAAUAUGAAUUUUUGUUUUAAUUUCUGAAGUGGAUGACAAAAUGAAAUGUUUAUUUCUACUUAUUUUUUUCCUUUUUUUGGGUACCCUAAUGAGCUCAGCAAUUUUGACUUGUGGAGCAGUGCUGGGAUGUGUAUUGCAGGCAAAGUUACUUGUAUAGUAGAUUUAGUCUGUUGUGCCGAGUAUCAUUCACCCGAGUCUCGGACAAGGAGUAUUUACCCGUGUCAGUCAUCCAUAUUGUGGGUGACCAGGUACAAGGAUACUAUCUAAUGCAACAUUUGAAUGUUAUUAAUUUCUGUGGAAAGCUCUUGGUUUUAUUAAAAUGUUAAGCAUUCAAAAAAUGAUUAGUGUUAAAUAUAAUAAAUAAAUACAGUAUAUAUAUAUAUAAUAAAAUAUUACAUUAAAAAUAUAUAAAGUAUUGCUUUAUAUAUUUUUGAGUUGACCCGGUGAUGAGUUUUAGACUUCCAUUUUGUAGGAUAAGUCUCUUUUAUUUGUUCAUUGUGCAUUUUACUUUUUUUUGCCUCUGUGUGUAGUAAUUUGUUUGUAUAUUAAUGACUGUGUACUCAAGACAGUACAUCACACAUCGUCUUAAGACGGAUGUUAUUGUUCUUUAUUUUCCUUAAACUGUCCUAAUGGUAGACGUUCACUGAAGGAUUCUGUAUAUUAGUUUGGUUAAAAUCAGAGAAGGGUUGCCAUUACCUAUGUUCUUUUUGGCACAAAGAUUUUAAAACAUGACUACAAAAAUGUUAGUUGAACAAUUAUUAUACAUAUGUGGAGACACGCCACGUUAGAGAGCGAGUGCUUCUCCGACACUGAUGCUUCCAUGCCGACCUGGGGCCAACCUCUUUACUUUUGUAGUAGAAUUUUAUUAAUUCAAUCUGUAUAAUGACCCUAGAAACUUAAUUAAAUUAAGGGAAGUUAAAACAAAAAUGCAGGGGUUUAAGUGAGCCAAGCCGACCACUGCUAGUGUUCGGUUAGUUACCUGUCCGUGUACUUAUAAAUAAAUAAUCAUUCGUAUGUAAAUGUUUAACAAAAUGAAUAUUGAGGCCUACAUUUAAAUGGAAUGUAUGAAAUGCAAAGUGCAUGUAUGAAAUAUGUAAUGAACAUGUGAAUGGUACUUAAGAGCAAGAGGUUCUUGUUAGCUCUAUGAUAUGUAGAAAUUAAUUAUUUAUGCUAUGUUUCUGUACAUUAUGACUGGAGAGAGAAAAAAACAUUAUUUUUAUAAUAAGCCAGUUACAGUGAUAGUUGCACAUAGAAAGACCGAACACAAGUCUUUCUAGACGACCAUUUUAGUCUCCACAACCAAAUUUUCCCUGAAAUUAACAUUGAAUGUACUGUAUUGUAAUUUUCAGUAUAGGGUUUGUGGCUAUUAAAUAUAGUAAUUCUUGUUUCUUGCCAGGUUAUAAUAUUAGGAAUGUCAGUAUUAAAACAUGAAUGAAUGUUUGUUUUAUGUUUUAAUUGCUUAAUAUUGUGAAUAAUAGUGACUGGUAGUAUGCAACAGGUAACAGUACCUGUAUUUCUUAAAUACUGUAUAUUACAUGGGGAAAUUUUAAUUGUUUUAUCUUAUUCCAUGCAAUAGGGAAUAAUUAGAAGAUAUACUGGAAAACAUUUGGUAGGGGUUGUAUUAGAAAAUACAGUAUUGUUGUUUUACAAUAAUGAGAUGAAUAUGGCUGUCAAGCAUGAUUUUUUUUAUUUUAAGUCUUCUGUUACGCUACAUAUUCUCAUAUAGUUCAGUUCAGUAAAAAAUAUAGUUUCUCAGGCAGUGAUUCUGUUAUCAUACAGACAUUCAGAGAUCCAGAAAGCAUCUACAAUGCAUGCAUGGUUUGUAACCAUUUAGGUAAUAAGCUGAGAAUUAGUAUGUGUAACCUCGAUAGAAUGGACCACAGUACAGUAUAUGGGGCCAAACUCUAUUCAAACUUUUAUGGUUUUAGCAGUUUUUCAAUCUUGCCGGAUUUUCUUUUCUUUUCUUUAAUGCAAAUUAUAAAAUGCACCUUAGUGCACAUUGAGACACUCAGUAAUAUAUAAACAAUGCAUUUUCAAUAUAAAAAUAUGAUAAAAUCUAGAUAGCAUUAUGUAAAUGCAGUAGUACAAAUCAUAUGGGAGUGGACUCCCCCCCACCUCCUCCCCUUCCAAGGGGGUUAUACGGGUUGCAGGUUACUGAACGAAAGGCUCUUAACCUGCACAAUAAAAAUUAAACAUACUGGUGUGAGAGAUACAAAGGAAGUGCAAAAUAGUUCCAAUGAAAUGUUGGGUGCCAUAAGCACAAUCAGUGAAGUGUAAACAUCAGAGACCUACAACUUCAAUAUCCGGCCAAUAUAAGGAAUGUUGCAGGAACAACAGUGAAAGCUUUCAAGAGAGAAUUGGAUAUGUUUCUGCUGGAGUUACCAGAUCGGUCUGACUGUUUGGGCCACUGAGCUUCGAAGACAAACAUGCUUACAGACAAGGCAAUCACUCAGAGAGGCUGACCACUGGUCACCUUGUGGGAGUAGAAAGAUUCUCAAAAUCAUGAAGAAAUAAUAAACAGGUAAUGGACGCUUGUGCACUAAAUGGAAAUUUAUUUCACUAGUCUUUUCUUUCCAUCUUUUUAAGAGUUGCCCUCUGAAACUGUGUAUUCUGUCGAGUCUACACUUGCUUAGUAAAUGGGCUGAAGUGCUUCUUUAUUAUUGUGUGGCCCCUCAAAACAUUCCAUUAUGGGUUCUUGAUACAUUUCUUGAAAGUUAAACUUUUCUUAGAGACUUGUCACAUGUGUGAAUAGUCAGCGAUCAAUUUGACAUCUGUUUACCAUUGUUAAGUUAUGCAUUACUAGAUGUAAGACCAACAUAUAUUUCUCUUCCAAGAGAUUAACUAGUUAUUAUAGUAGCAGAAUAUAUAUAUUAGCAUUGUUUUAUUUUAAAGAUUUGAAGGCGAGAAAUAAGGUGGCGCUCAGGCGCUGUUCUCGGUUGCCUUUCACACAUUGUUCUCAUAAGUUUUGAUAAUGUAGGCACUCGCUGUGUGUUGUAUGAGUGCUUGGCACCUUUGCAAUAAAUAGGUGAAAUUCAAGGAGAAUUUGUGCAAUAACUGCUAAAUCUAGCACUUUAUGCAGAGGUUAUGUUUUCGUCACAAAAUUAAUUAGAAAUAUAUUUCUAAAGCUCACUGGUUAUAUUGGAAUAUUAAUAUAGGCUAUAGAGUAUUUAAUAACCUGUCUGUUACUGCUGCUUUUUACAAAAUGUUUAAACUCGUCUUUGUGUUGCGUUAAAAAUGCUGCAAUCUCCACUUUCUUGCUUGAAGGUAAAUAUUUAAUUGACUAAAGUAUACUUGUAGCUUCUACUGUGUAAACAUGAGCAGUAAUUAUCUUGGUGAGAAGGUUGUUUUGAUGUAAUAUAUAACUGGUGGCUGGUUAUAGUGUCAGUCACCAGUCUCGCUCCAGUUCCAAAGCUGAUGUUACCAAGAAUAUAACCUGUAUAAAUUUCAAGGGGGUAACCAGAGUGCAAGUGAAAUAGCAGUAAUGCAUACAGAAAAAAAAAUCAUGGAGGGAGGUUGACACUCAUCUUAAUCUGCCACAACAUAAAGAUUAGGAUGUCAGUGUUGUGUAUUAUAUACUGGGUUAAUGUACUGUGCUGUUCUGUGAACUUCUGAUGGCACAAAGGGUAAUCACUUGGAACUUUUGGUACCCCUCUUCUGGCUAAAGUAUAGCAGAUAGACUAAGUGUUUCAAUUACGAGAAAUAAACCUUGUGGUCCUGUUGAGCCUUGGGACAAUAUCUCCUCUAGUUUGACUCGAGAAGACCCAAGAUCUGUAAACCUAAUCCAAAAAUUAGAUGAAUAUUUUUUAAUAGAAGACCUUGAUGUAAUGGUGGCAGAAAAAUUGUCAAAUCCAUCAGUCUAUGCAUAGACCACUUAGAUAAAUACUAUGAGAUAAAUAACUGCCUUCAUUUGGCCAUUUAUUAUUUCAAGUUGAGAUCCUGCUUAUGUUGAUUCCGGUUAUCUUAAUAUGAUCAUACUGAAAAAUGUUAUCUUUACUUAAUUAUUUUUAACAUUAUAGAUAAUAAGAUGGGUACAGUCUGUUCUAGAAUGAAGAUAAUUAUUUUGUCUUAACACUAGUAAGAUACAACAUUGGCUAAAAGCUUGUGUUGCCGUCUAAUGUAUUGUACCAUGAUGGAUUGUCGCCUAUCCUUUAUACUAUUGAAUUAGUUUAAAGAUUUAAAAAAAAUUUGUUACAGUCUGUAUUUUAAAAGUCAUAUUUGCUGCACAUUACAUUAAAAUUGAUCAUGAGUGUACUGUUAUACUGACACAGUAUUCAGUCCUGACUUCAUUUUAUAUGCCUCCAUAAAUAUGAGGGCGAUACCUCUUAGCAUCUGUUGACUUAGUACAUAUAGGAGUGUUAAGGGAAUGAAAUAUAUUACUAUAGAUAAUGUUUAGAUAGAUAUCUUGAAAAAUAACAUUGUACUGUAUCUUUAUGGCACUUGUAGAGUAGCAGCAAAGGAAACUAUUACAUCAGUCUCGUGUAACAACAGUGGGAGCAGUUUUGACAUUUAUUGGACUCGCUACCAUAUUGGCAUUCAGUGUAAAGAGUAAAUGCAGUAUCCAAACUGGUUAAUUAAUGUAAAUUUGUAUAUAUAUUAUUAAGAAAAUAUUAAAUUAUGAAAUAUCAUUGGGUGAGUCGAGUGACUGAAAACAAAUCAGCGAGGGUUAUAUAGAUCUUUAUGAACAGAGACUGUCAUUCCUGUCUUUAUUACUGUCAAGUUACUAUACAAAUAAUAUGUUAUAUUUGGUGCUGUUAGCUGUUUUACCCUAAAAAUUGGAGGAUACUGAUAGACGAGUUGUGCGUGUUGCUGUGUUACUCUUACAGUAUAACCCAUGGACACAGUCACAACCCAGAGUAUGCUGAACCUUUUACGGUAAUUGAAGGUUUAGCACAAACUGCUAUAGCAGUGAGAUGAUGUAAAACACCAGUUUUAAUUUGAUCAUAAGAUGACCAGCAGGCAUCAGGUAGCAGACGCAUAAUGCUUUGCAGUUCCGCUUCUUUCAAAGUUAUUUUCCUAUAAUACAGUUGCAGUUAUGUAGUUGAAGUGUUAAAUAAAUACAUUAUAUACUGUAUAUAUAUAAUGUAUUUAUAAUAUAAAGAUAAUGUAGUACAUUAUAUAUAAGAAAAUGCUAUAGCCAACUGCAAGCGCUCUGUAGUCAGUUACAUGGGUUCUGUGGCCGAUUGCACGGGUUUCAUAGUGCUGCGAUUGUGUCUUGUUAUAUAAUAUUGUGGUGUUGGCUGUUAUUUAUCAGGCUCUUGAUUAAGUAAUGGCAAGCAGCCUGUAUUGGUUCAGUAUAAAUUACUAGCAGUUGUUAACACAUCAUUAUUAGACAGAUGGUCGGGUAUGUUUCCCAUUAUGGUGUACAGUACACUGAACUAUAUUACAGGAAACUUCCAGGUUUAAUGUGGUGGGAUUUAACUUUCUCCAUGAGGUAAAAAUUUGGGCAAGUUUGCAUGUUAUUAUAAGUCAUUGGUACCAACAGUCUCAGGUUCUUUGAAACAGUCAUGACCAAUUGCUUUAAAAUGUGUUAAUAUUAAAUUUAACAAUUUUUGCUUGAAACCUAUUUUUGGCAGAAAUAAAACUGCAUUUAAAAAGUAACCAAUAAGAAUUGAGAUUUGCCAUAAAAAUCAAAUAUAUAUUGUUCUGUAUUGUAUUAAUAAGCCUUACAAUUAUACAAAAAGACAUUUCAUUCAUUAUACUGUAUAUAAUAUUGCUAAUAAACCUUAAAAUCUUACAUAUCUCACACUAUAUAAAGUAGAGGUUUGAGAGAAGUGAAUGUGUUUGUAUUAUAUAUGAAAAAUCCUGAAGAGCAGUGUUCACUUACAGUAGUUUUAUGAAGUAGUGUAAUGGUGCUGUGGAUAAUUUACUGUAAUAUGGAGGAUCCUGUUUCUCCGAGGCAAUAGUGUAUAUUAUGGUAUGGUACUGUGUUGUAUAGAAGAGUUUUACUGUUUUCCUCAAAUUCAAACCUCCCAACCCCAAUGAUUUAAAUUGUUAUGUAACAGAAUUCUUAUGUAAUAAAAUUAUUGAUCCUA